AUGAUGUCAAGAAGUCAGUCAAGUUUGGGUUACAUGGAUACGGGGAGGGAUGAACCCUCCACGUCUGGGGCCUCUCCAGGAUACCAACCGCCGCCAUCUACAGCCGGUCCGAUCAAUCUGUCGGGCUUAGUCUGCAAUGUACGCCGGACAACAGGCAGAGAACCGCACCCGCUUGUGGGAGCCACCACCACUAUCCUGGGCGACAAGCUCUACGUGUUCGGAGGCCGCGUUCUAUCGAAGAGUCGCCCGCAGCUGACGUCGGAUCUGUAUGAGCUGGACUUGAUCAGGCGGCACUGGACGAAGAUCGAAGCCACCGGCGAUAUCCCUCGUCCGCGGUAUUUUCACAGCGUAUGUGCUCUUGGUGAUAAUAAGCUGGUCUGUUAUGGAGGCAUGUCGCCUGCACCGAAUGCGUCCAAGGAGUCUGCGAGCAAUGGCGCGUCAGGGCAGGAAGCGCAGCCGGAGGUUGUGGUGAUGUCUGAUAUACACAUUUUUGACGUACCGUCUCGGACAUGGACGAGAGUUCCCGCUACGGACUCACCUCAGGGUCGAUACGCUCAUUGCGCGACGAUCCUUCCGUCGAGCGCCUUUUUCACAUCCGCUAGUGCUCCACUCUCCGCUAUUCAUCAUAACCCCGCAUCGUCCAACCCCCAUCAGGGCACCAUUGGAGUCGACAUUGAUGGAUUUGGCGGUGCUGAAAUGGUAGUGGUAGGAGGGCAGGAUAGUUCGAACCAUUAUAUCGAGCAGAUCAGUGUUUUCAACCUCCGCAGCUUGAAAUGGACGAACACAAGCUCGCUGGGCAGAAGCUGCGGCGCCUAUCGCAGUGUUGUUGCCCCGUUGAUCGGAAUGAAUGUGGCAGACAUCGGGUCUGCUGCCGCCGACCGGGAAUCACAGGAGCCGGUGGAGGAUUCGGAAGUGGAAGGGUGUCCCAUGCUGAUCUACUCCAACUACAACUUCCUGGAUGUCAAGCUGGAGCUCCAGGUGCGCUUGCCGGACGGUCGCUUGAUUGAGAAGCCAAUGCAAAGUGGGGCAUCGCCCCCGGGCUUGAGAUUCCCCAACGGCGGCGUGAUCAACGGGCAUUUUGUUGUGAGCGGUACCUACUUGACCUCAUCCAAACAGGAGUACGCGCUCUGGGCGCUUGACCUGAAGACUCUCACAUGGGGUCGGAUCGACGCCGGAGGGUCUGUCUUCGGUCAUGGCAGCUGGAACCGUGGCGUGCUAUGGGCGAGGCGGAAUACUUUUGUGGUUCUGGGACACCGAAAGCGCAGUCUGGUCGAGGAUUACAACCACCGUCGAAUCAACUUCUCUCAUGUCUGCAUGGUCGAGUUGGAGGCCUUCGGGUUGUACAACAAUCCAUGCAGAACCGCGCCAACUUCCGGGUACAUCUCCCACAGUGCGCCUUCAGUUCCUGCGUCUCUACAACAUAAGUUGACUCAGUUGACGUCGGGUGGAAGGCCGUUCUCGCCCGCAUCUGACGAGCUGGGCAAACUUGCUCAGUCUCUUCCUGAAAUGGCCGACAUGGAGCUUCAAGCAGCUGGCGGAGAGCGGAUCCCCGUCAACUCGCGGAUUCUUUCUCGGCGGUGGGGUCCUUACUUCAUCCAGAUUCUUCGCGAGUCAUCCGACACUGGUGUUUCUGACACGGCAACCCUGCGUGGAGCGAUCCCCAUGUACCCCAGUCGGAACUCAAGCAUCACCAUUACUCCCUCAAUAGGACAGAGCAGUUCCUACUCCAGUGCCACCACCCUUGUCAGCAACCACUCGAACCCUUCUAAGUCAUUGUUAGCGAAUCUUGAGAUACCCUCUGCUCACACCUUACCCCCUACCUCUCGACCGCGUGUUUUGUACCUUCCUCACACCUUCCUCACUCUCCGAGUGCUCGUCUACUACUUGUACACCUCGUCCCUCCCUCCCGUCGGAUCCUCCCUCUGCACGCCCCAAAUCCUCUGCUCCCUGCUUCAACUCGCUCGCCCCUACCAGGUAGACGGCCUCCUCGAAGCGACCGUCGAGCGGCUCCACCAAAUCCUCGACGGUCGCAACGCAGCCGCCGUCUUCAAUGCAGCUGCCAUGGCUGCCGGCGGCGGCAGAGGCACCGGCUUCACCAGCGGACCGGGCGGCACCCUCGAGGCCUUGAACGGCGCACACGCGGCCGCCAGUGAAUCCGCUAGCGCCGGCGCCGGUACCACAACAGGCACCGAUGCCUCGCAGAACAGCCACCUCACCUCCGACUCCUCCGACACCGAACACGGCACCACCUCCGCCCUCUCCGCCGCCAGCGGCGGCGGCGGCGGCACCAGCGGCGGCACCAGCGCGCCCUCCUCUCGCGGUAUCCCGCUACGCAUCAACACCAGCCUCUUCAACCGCAGUCACCACCGCACCGACCGCGACCGCGAGGACUCCAUCAGCAAUGCCAGCACCGCCACCUCGGCCUCGAGCUACGACCCCUCGGACUCCGAAUUCACUGGUAGCGAGUCACAGUCGCAGUCCCGUCCGCGCCGCGUCCGCCGCGAUACAGACGCCCAGCUCCGGCCACACAGGGAGAUCUGGACGGGCGAUCUGAGCAGCGUCAUCGGUCUGCAGAAACGGGGGCUUCGCGGACUUAUGGAGGGGCGAAGGCUGAUGAAAGAACGCAAUGCCAAACCCGGCAGCUCGGGCGGUUUGACGUCUCUCCCUGCGACUGCUGUAGAUCAGAAUGCCGCGUCUGGGGUAUAG